AUGGCCACAUCUAUYGUGCCCAUUACAACACUCUCCCCGACGUCCGCCCCACCCGCGAAUGCCGCCAUCCGCGCUGUCGUCACUUUGAUCUGGCCGUACUCCUCUAGCACCAAGCAAUGUGCACUGCUGCUCGCUGACCCGGAUUUCCGCCUACGAAAUAAAAAGGGACAGGUCCGGGUCCGCUUCUCGGGCCCUAGCGCGGAAGCUGUUGCGCUUGGAAAGUUGGGAAUUGGCGAUGAGAUCCUGCUGGAGUUGAAGGGCGCAGCGUGGGUGGAAAGCAGUGAAAAUGCAGUGCGCACGCCGGGACGGAGCGUGGAUGGAGAGCUGGUUUAUGAAGGACAAGUGGGAAUUCAGAAGACAAAUGGGGACUGGAUUCGAGCCGAUCAAAGCGAGCGGCCGCCGGUUGAAGAGUCAAUGCAGACGCCUGUUGCCCGCAAUGAAGGAAGGCUAGGUUCGUUGAGAUCCAGUGUGGGAACUGUCAUUGGUGCUGUUCCGAUAUAUUCCAGCCCGGCUUUUGUGAGGAUCUCGCGGCUCUCCGGGGAUGGAUUUGGGGAUGGCUUCGAUCCUUUCACUGGAGAGCUUGAAGAUCUUGAAGCGGAUGGGCCGAGAAAACGGGCGAGGAUCUCUUUCGGGGGCACGGGGAAAUGGAGGCUCGCGGGAAGGAGUCCUAGUCCAGAGAAAGACGCCCAGGUCGUUCGUGAGGACAGUUACGGGCAUCAGACUGAUGCUGAUGUGGAGAUGACGGGACAAACUGCCAUCAUUCAGGAUUCGGUCGAUGCAGAUGACCGUGGCAAGGCCGACACGCCCCCCGCGUUGGAUUUUGCUGCAUCUCUUGGAAUGGCCCCGCCUGCUCUCUCACGCCUGCAUAUGCCAGACUUAUCCUUCACGUCGCCUACCGAAACACGGGAUGGGCCAUCAACACCGAAUCUCAGACCUGUCCCUUCGUCCACGCUGCCACUGCCUUCGCCAUUUCCAAUAGAACCUCAAGCAGAAGACCCAGCGACAGCGACUCAGGGAGCAGCCAACUUUUCUGCUGCAGCUUCGAUCUCUCAGCCAUCACUGACUCUAUCGCUAUCUCUUCCCGACACAGCAGAUCCCGACGAUGAUGCAAGUCUGAUAGAUAUCUACGCUCACAACGGUGCCACUGAUGAAACACAUCAUGAACACGCACCGCCACCGCACCCAGAAUACCUAUCCGACACUGAAGAGGAUGAAGACAUGUACGAGGAGCACAUGCGAAACAUGCGUGCGGAGGGCUUGCGUGAUGAGUAUAAUUACAACGAUGAUAAUGAUAAUGAUGACCGUAAUGACGAGCAGGAAGUUGACGCAGACGAUGUGGAAGAGCUCAUUGAAGAUAUGGGAGAGGAGCCAGAAGAUAGCUCUGACGAAGAUGUACAAGAUGGCGAAGCUGAGGGGCGCUCCGCAAUGCCCGUAGUCCCCGAAACCAACAAUGAUCAGAGCGCGAGGCACAAACCAGCUCCAAGUGCCUUGCAACAGAUGUCUCUGGCUACCAUCCCAGCGCAGAUGGGCGAGACCACACAGAAUGCAGCACGUCUACCUUCAGGAGACCGAGACGGUGGUAAUCCGCUUGCAGAUCGGCUGCUUGAAUCCACAGCAAAGUUCCCGGCGAUGCCAUCCGAUUCAUCAAUGACCGUGCCUCAAAAGCGAAAAUUCAGCGUGCCGACAAUGGCAGCACCGCAUACCCCUACAAAGAUCUUUGCCGCAACGACUGGCAUGGACGGCACCUCUAACACACCACAAAUCACGCCACAGUCGGAGCGGGAAAGGAUCAUGGCGAGGACGUACAGUAGCCUGUUCGGUUUUGCUGAUUCGCCGGCACCGUUGCAAUCUUUUGCAAAGACGCCCACGCCCGCGCCGAGUGGUGUUGUGGCAGAUAUGGGAAGAGUGAACACAGGUGCAGGAGUUGUACCGGGCGGUGGGAACGAGACGAAGCAGAGCAGUGACGAUGAUCCGGGCACAGUAGCGACGACUGAGCCAACGCCAGCUGUAUUGCCGCCACGGAUUGGCGCUUCAGGCAUUGAUGAGUCUGAUGUCCAUGAUCUACCAUCGUCACCAUCUCACGAUCCCUUCGAAGUACGAUUCAAUGCGACAACACAGGACAGUCAAGUCGCACGUGAGACUUCCCCUACCGAGUUGGACGCGCAAGGCAUUAAUCCCGAGGAUGUCACGAUGUCARACGCGUCUUCUACGCAGUCAGUCACGCAGCACGAUUCCUUUCAAGCUGAUGUUGGUGGUGGACGUCCUGCCAGUAGAGAAGCCGCUUCUGCAGCGAUUCUCGAGGCAGCGAUCGAAGGUGGUGUCGACAUGGACGCAGGCAAUGCAGCGACGCUGGAUGGAGGGAACCAUGCUGAUGAUGAUGUUAUCAUUGCUGACCUCGUAGAAGCUGCCGUGUCGAAUGAUGCCCUCGCAAUCCCGGUGGUGGCGCCAUCUGCUUCGCAGAUCGAAGUCAUUGAUCUUGACUCUGGCGGUGAAGAAGAGGAGCUUGAUGACGCCUCGCAACACGCACCUCAUACAUUUCGCGGUGCAUCUGCCAGCCCACAUAGCGCAAUCGAUACUCCUGCGUUCCAAGAAACCCCAACGGAAGUUGGUUCUGACGAUGAAGACGCCGACUUGAAGCACCAGGAGUCGACAAAACCUCAAUCGCCGGCUACUGCUGAACCAGACGGCGUGAAGGCUGUCCAAGAUCCGAAGGCAAGAGUGAUCUCCGAGACACUGCAAACCCAGGAUGCUCAGUCCAUACUCCCUGACGAAAAUGAGCAAGAGACGACCUUCUUCGCUGAGCAGAUGCCGGCACUCGAGGAACCACACACGCCUGCAGUACAGCCCAAGAGCAAUCUGUCGUUCAAUUACUUCUCCUUCCAGUCCACGACAUCUGCAGCGUCUGAGUCAUUCGCGGAAGACAGGCAGUCUACCCCGAAAGAUGAUGCUGCAGAGCGUACAGGCGAAAUGCAAGUUAUUGAGCUUUUGUCUUCAUCUCCAGCKGCGGGAAUCGACGACUCACCAUCUGCUCAUACCGUUGUCGAGCCAGCGGACAUCACAGCGCAUGCGAUGGAAGGUGACGCGCAGAGCACAGAUGACGAGAGCUUUUCGCCUGAGCUGUUCAGAAAGCAGCAUGCUAGUACCAAUGCUCGGACAUCCCCUAUCGAGGUUGCAGCUGGCGAUCAAUAUGGUCAAAUUAUUGCGCGGGACGAUCAAUACACGUCGGAGGCUGAACGAGCCUCAAUUGYCGCCAACGACGAUGAUCAAAUAGCGGAUGCUGAGGUGUUCUCGCCUGAGGUUUCUCGUGCGCAACAUGCCUCACUCGAAUCGCCGGAAGUGAAGUCGCACGACAUGACCAGUGCUAGAGAUGCGCAAAGCAUCAUAGGCGAUUUGAGGCAACACCAAUCCGAGCUCCUCGUAGAGAUGCACGACGCAUCGCCCCCUCCAACACUUCCUCCAAGCCCAGAUGACUCGCAGACACAGUGGGAAACGCAAUUGGCACCGAGCAUUCCACCUUCGCACAACGUGGCUUUCCCGCCCAAUCCCCAACCCACACAACCCGACUCUCUCAUCAGCGACGCAAAAGUCGUCGUAGAGCCUGCUGAGCCCGCAGCAACGCCGUCUGAUCCACCUUCUCGGCACACYCGAUCAAGCGUCGAUCCCACCGUUGUACAGCCCGCACAGCCGAGACAAAUCACACCUGAUCCACCAUUCAAGAACACUCGAUCGAGUGCAGAGCCCACGGCUGAUAAGCAGCUCCGCAGCGCGACGCAGAAGACGCCUGCCAGGAGGUCGACGAGGUUAUCACAAACUCAUAGUCAAAUCUCGGAAAAGCUCGUUGACGAGAGGCAUACUGAGAGGCAGGAAGGAGAAGACACGAUCGCUGUACUGUCCCCACUACAGAAAACGCCAGUCCGAAAAGUUUUCAAGAAGACCUCUAAAGUAGCUGCGAAAGCUGCCGAAAUGACCGAGACCGAAGAAGGUCUCCAUAAGAGGUCUCCAGCCAAGAAAUCCUUCGCCUCUCGACUGGGGAAUGUCCCAGAGGUCAUCUCGGAGUGGUUUUCGCCCAGGCGUUCGACCCGUCUCCACCCCGACGAGGAGGAAGUAGAGGCAGAUAUUGCCCAGAAAUCUGGACAGCGUGCAUUCGUAGGACUUUCGACAGCCAUGGGAUAUUACACGGCACUCUCCAAUCUAAGUCAGAGGAUUAACAGCCAAGCCCGCGCGGACAACACCGUCGAUAUCAUUGCUAUCGUGGCCGAUGCGACCAAAGAGCCUGAACGCGCAAAAGCUGGCCCAAAGGACUAUUUCACUUUCUUCAAAGUGUGGGACAACAGUCUUGGGACUGAUGAGCCUGUCCUUGUGGAAGUCUUACGACCAUGGAAGGCUACCCUACCUCUCGCAGAGGUUGGCGAUGUCAUUUUGCUUAGAGGCUUCUCGGUCAAGUCGCGCAAGCGUCAGCCAUAUCUGAUCUCGUCCGAGGCAAGCGGAUGGUGUGUGUGGAGGUACGCGGAACACGAAGGCCUCGGAGCUCGCCAAGGUAAACAGCGAGCGAUGAGUUUCUCAGGCAUCCGAGAGGAGAUCAAAGGUCCGCCGGUAGAGUUGGGACAGGAAGAGCGGGACCGCGUUCAAGRGCUGAAGGAGGCAUGGGAAAAGCUGAACGAGGUUUGA